CCCCAGGGUGGGUAGAGCCCUGUGUCCCAGAGACAUGCGGCCCAAGAUAAGUUCUCCCGUAGAAGCGUACAGCAACAAGUGGUGACCCCGACGUGAUCGGCGGGGCAACAUGGCAAGUUUGCCAGGGGGAAAUGAUAGCUUGAGGCACGCAGGGGCGGGACGGGGAGCCGCAGGACGGCGGGCGCGCCAUGGGUACAGUCAUAAAGGUACUGAAGGGAUUGGGGAGGAAUAUGGAACUUCGAUUUCGAAGGCGCCUACCUCAAAGGGUAUCCAAUGGAUGAUUACGCAGGGGCUCUAUCACUCAUACGGAGUCCCGCAGACAUAUUUAAUAAAGAUAAUUGGGUGAGAAUUAAAGAGGAGUUAGCCGAAAGGGCUAUGAUGGGAAAAACCCAGUACAUACAGCUCUGGGGAAAGAUACACCGAUUACUAUUGAAAGCUCGGGAUGAUCAGGAGACGUGGCAGCAGGUGCAGCUGUGCCUGCACGGUGCUACAGGCGACAGUAGCCCGGAAAUAGACCCAGGAGGGGCAGUGGGGACGCAGACAGGGGCAAGCAUCGCGGGGGAUGGGGAAGAAGCGGGGAGUUCGGAUGGAGUAGCCUGGCCAACGACUCAGUCUGAGGCUCCCGAAGAGGCGGAUCGGGAAGCGGCGGUGUUCCCUGUUGAGCCAGCAGGACCUUUGGAAUGCCCCCCUGCAUACCCCUGGGACGAUUUGGCACAGGCGCGGGUACCUGCGCGCGGGGAGGGUGACGUGGCAGCGGACGCAGCGGGAGUGACGGAGCGGAAGGAGAAGGAUGAUCAGCGCCGGCAGCGGCACCGCCCUCUGCCCGACCCUCGAGACUGGCUCCCGGGGCAACCCUUGAGAUGGGAGUCGGGCGAGGAGGGGGAUUGGGGUGCCUGGAGGGGAGGACAGGGUGGCUAUAGAUCAACCUCGAGUAGCAGCGAAUCAGAAGUUGGGGGAGAAACCGAUGCCCACAUGUGGGAAGAUGGGGCAGAUUGCCUGCAGCGCGCAAAAAAGAGGCAUAAGGCAGCAGGGACUCGGAGGACCAGUCAGAAGGAGGGAGGAGAGGGACCGCCAAAAGGGGAGGUCCGGAGCGCUGCAGCUCCGGAGGGGUCCGUGGAGGACGUGCUGCGGCAGCUGCAGCAGGUUAUGCGCGCACUAGGGGAAGUAACUCGGCGGCAGACAGGACUCUUAACGAAGGGUGCGCCCCAGCGACAGUCAGUCGAGUUACCUGACUGGCGGCUGAUAGCCAGAGAUUGUAGCCUCGAUGGAGUAAGGAUAGAGAUGCCCGGAAUAUUCCCUGUCCGAAUAGCUCCUGGAGGAGGGGCAGGGAGCUGCAAGUGGUGAUGGAGAGUUCCCGUAGCGCGUAUAGCGAAGUGGGCAGGUAUGGGGGGGGGGGGAAGAAAAAAAAAGAAAAAAAAAGAAGAAAAAAUAAAAUAAAUAAAAAAAAAGGAGAACCUUGGCAAAAGAUACAGCAAGGACUAGCAGAGCCAUUUACAACGUUUUGUGACAGGUUGCAGAAGGCUAUCAUGGAAUCAGAAUUGCCGCCAGCGGCCAAGGAGGCAGUCCUUAUGGAUUGCCUCCGAAGUCAAGCAAAUCCGCAGACACAAGAUGUCCUCCGCACCCUGGCGGUGGGGGCAUCAUUGGGUCAAACCAUCAGGCGUGUCUUGCGCCAGGAGGCCGAAGAAAGGGUGAUGGUGCAAGCGGCCGGGGCGGGGCCGAGAUGUCAUUUGUGUGGACGGCAAGGGCACUUUAAAGCUGGGUGCCCGCUAGGGGAAAGGGGAGGACGUAAUGGAGGAGGAGCGCACCCAGUAGGGAGGUGCUGGGUGUGUGGGAAGCCAGGACACCUGGCAAGAGAUUGUCCAACCACAAAGCCAGGAAACGGCCAAAGGAGGGCGAAGCGAGGGGGAUUCACGCCUCCUGUGAGUCAAAUGGCCCCCAUCAUGGUGCCAGUGCCAGGAGCUUGGCCCACUGUAGCGGGCCAAGGGGGAGUGAACCUUCAGGCAGGGGAGCAGAACCAGCGAGACUUGCAGGUUACGGUCCCUGCGUGGCCUUGGUCAUAGGCUGUAACAAAAGACCCAUGGCAGCGGUGAUGAUUACCCCACAAGAGCCGAGUUGUCCAGCACGGAUAUACCUGGGAACGUUAGUGGAUACCAGGGCGGAUGUCACAGUGAUGCCACUCGAACAGUGACCACCAACUUGGCCCCUUGCCAUGGGAAAACGUAUAAUAGGGGUGGGAGGAGAACAACAGACGAGGACUAGUACUUGCCCUGUAAAACUCGAAGUCAUGGACGAGGAGGCAGGGAAGCUCCUCAAGGCCGUAGUGACAAUACUAGUAGCAGAUGGUGUAGCAAGCCCCUUGUUGGGGUGGGACGCCCUUGCCCAGAUGGGGAUCGGGUUGAAAAAUUUAGCAUAAGGGCCACUGCCUCAGAGGGGCUUCGUCACCACAAGUUGGCGUGGAAAACCGAGAAGCCCAUCUGGGUGGAGCAGUGGCCCCUGACAACAGAGAAAACAGAGGCUGUAAGAGCUAUAGUAAGACGAGAGCACGAAGCGGGGCACCUAGAGCCCUCAAUGAGCCCGUGGAACACCCCUAUAUUUGCUAUAAAAAAGAAAGAUAAAAACCAAUGGAGGAUGCUGCAUGACCUUAGAGCAGUGA